CGCUUCUCGUCUCCCCAACUCAAACAACUUCGCAGGUAAAAAGAAAUGUUAUAUAAAUGCGAAGACGAGUUAGGACUUAAAAAGAUUAAUGCUCAAAUCAAAUCUGAAAUCAAAAAUCUUAAUGCUAUUUAUAACCAAACACCUUUAUCAUGCAAAUCUCCUAUCAGCAUGUGGAAAUUUUUCAAUGAAAUUACUGGCAAUAAAACACUGUCAUUUUUCACGAGAAAGAUAACUAGCAGUAGACCUGUUAAGCCUAGAGGAAAUCCUGAAUCAUUGCCUUCUUCCAUCGGAGAUCCUCUCAGUUGUCCCGACUACUUUGGGCUUAAAAAUCUGGUCAGCAUCCCUGAAUUAUUUCAUGCACGUGUUCAUUUUGGUCAUCGAUCAGUGCUUCGUAAUGACUACAUGAUACCGUACAUAUACGGCUGCAGGCAAGGAGUAGAUAUAAUUGAUCUAGAUCAAACGCAUUCUUUGUUGUUUGACGCACUCAACUUCGCAGCACAUGUUGCUUACCGUCAAGGUAUAAUCCUUUUUAUGUAUUCCAAUAAACAAAUGUUACCUCUUGUUGAAAGAACUGCCGAAACUGUUGGUGAGUACUCGUACUGUCGUAAGUGGGAGGGAGGGGUGUUCACAAACUCAUCAAAUGUGUUCCACGACUCAGUGAGGCUACCGGACCUAGUCAUUUUUCUCAGUACUUGCAACUCGAUAUCUAGGCCACAUGCUGCCGUACGAGACGCAGCAAAAAUGCUUAUCCCAACUGUUGGUGUUGUGGAUACCAAUUCUGAUCCCAGAUUAAUUACUUAUCCUGUACCUGGAAACGAUGACAGCCCAACAUCCGUACGUCUGUUUUGUGCGCUGUUUUCUGAAGCUGUUGCAAGAGGAAAAAGAAGUGCUUCCAGAGACAACCUCCUGAAGCAGCAGUGGCUUCGGCAGUCUGAAUCAUCUAAGAAUUCUGAAUUAAUAAAAUCAGCAACUAGUUAAUGUAAUUUUUUUCAUUCCCUAAUUUUUGUGUAUAUACGAUUCUCGAGUUAUAAAUUCUUUUGUCAUAC